AUCUUGGUUUUACCGUUAUAUCUUUGUCUAAAAAUACAAUGCGUGCAUUGCUAUAAUUGGUUUAUCAACUUUCAUCAUUUGGAGGAAUUUGUGUCAAAUUGCUUCCAUUUCCUCACCACUUUCCAUACAUCUGCCGAGGAUAUUUUGAAAAAGUAGCCGUUUUCACCUUCCAUAUCGGUGUUAAAAUUCUAAAAUGACCAAAUUUAUAAGAUGGAUUUUUCAGUCUUAGCAUUAUAUACAGUAGAAGAUCUCCACGGCAUCAUCAGAAUCAUUUGGGUGUGAUUUUCCGGAAAUUUUUGGUUCGCGAAAUCUUUAGAAAAUCUCACAUGUCAAGCUUUAGCAGAUGUGCUGCCUGCAAAUAUCUGAGAAGAAAAUGUCCUCAAGAUUGCAUAUUGGCUCCUUAUUUCCCUUCCUCGAAUCCACAAAGAUUUGUUUGUGUCCAUAAGAUCUUUGGUGCCAGCAAUGUCACUAAAAUGCUUCAGCAAGUCCCCGGGCAUUUACGGGCGGAGGCAGCAGAGUGCAUUUCAUAUGAAGCAAUAGCCCGGGUUCAAGACCCUGUCUACGGAUGCGUUGGAAUCAUCACUCAACUACAACAACAAAUCAGCCAGAUUCACAGUGAGAUAAUGAAGACUAAGGGUGAAAUGAUAGCCCAUCACUGUGCACACUCGCAACACCAUCCACCGCCCCAGCCACAAGGUGACCCUUCCUGGUCCAUUUCCCUUCAUCAGCAGCAGCAGGACUACUCUCAAUCAGACGAGCAUCUACUUAGAAAGUACUAA